GCAAGGAUGGCUUGGCUAAUCCAAAAAUGACUAUCGGGUUGCUAUCGGGUUAAAAAUCCAAAAUUCAAACAGGCCUCUUACGCUGUGCUUUAAAAGUGGCUCUUGUCGAGUUGAAACGGGACAAGCACCACACAGUCUCAAUCUUUAUCUGCCUUCGACAUGUCUGUCCACAAGGAGAACGAGAAAUAUUCCGAAGGGCUCGAGGUUGUGACGCUCCCUGAACUCAGCAACGAUAGCAACGAUGUCACUCCAUCUUCGACUUCCCCUCCUAGCUCUGUUCACUCUUUCGAUGUCGAGAAGAAGGUUUUAGAGGAUCCCAUCGACCUUGAACAAGUGGAACUCACCCUUCCUGCGAAGCUCGGAAUCUCCAGUUUCACAAGGUGGCUAUAUCGUGCGUUCUUCUCAUUUUUUCGAAUUUGCAUAACACCUAUUAAUUACUCCGAUUGUCCGUUUCUAGACGUCGCCUUCUCAUACUACCGCAAGACCUUCACUGUGAUCUUCGCAGCGAACUUGUUAGCCUUCGUCGUUUUCGUCGCCCGGAACCGAGGUGCACCAUCUGCAGAAAGCGUAGGAAGCGCAGCCUCCGCGAACCUGAUGGUCACUCUUCUUUUUCGCCAAGAGAAUUUUGUGAACUUAAUCUACGAGCUCGCAACGGAUAUCAUUCCACUGAGCGCGCCGCUGUGGCUUCGAAGGCGUUUGGCUAAGGUAUUCCAUUAUGGCGGUGCACAUAGUGGUGCGGGUGUAGCAGCAGUUGUGUGGUACAUUAUGUACACUGCUCUAACCACCAAGGAUCAUAUUGCGAAUCCCACCAAAUGGUCCCUCGCCAACAUGGUCACAUCAUAUAUUCUGGUUUUGAUGUUCUGCUUCAUCCUCGGGGGAGCUCAUCCUUCGUUCCGAAGGAAGUACCACGACUAUUUCGAAGCGGUCCAUCGAUACUCUGGCUGGGUAGCUGUAUGCACUUUUUGGAUGCAUCAGUGCUUCGCUGGGAAUCAAUACAGACUGCUUCAAUCGAAUCCUCCGUCCCUCGGACGUUACCUUAUCAGUACUUCUGGCUUUUGGACUUUCAUCGUCUCAUCAAGCUGCACAGCUCUUUCCUGGGCACGGCUACGCCGGGUCGAUGUCUAUCCCGAAACCCUUUCAAACCAUGUCACCCGGUUACAUUUCAAAUACCGGAACAUGAAGCCCUUCUAUGGAUUGAAAGUCUCCAGUAAACCACUUCUUGAAUGGCAUGCGUUUGCUACGAUCCCAGACGAGGAUGCGAAUGGGAAACCAGAUGGAUUCUCAAUAGUAGUCUCGAACGCCGGUGACUGGACCAAUGAUGUUAUUCAAAAUCCUCCCAAGAAACUUUGGGUUCGUGGAUACCCACUCCAUGGACUACUAUACACAUCGAAACUCUUCAGAAAGAUUGUUGUCGUAGCUACCGGCUCAGGAAUCGGCCCACCACUCUCCCUAUUCUAUGCCGACUUUACUCCACGACGCAUCUUCUGGAGCACCCCCGCACCCGAAACGACUUAUGGCUCGAAGGUCAUUGAUAUGGUCAAAAAGGCAGAUCCUGAUGCAUGGAUUUGGGAUACAAGGAAGCAGGGACGUCCGGAUAUGGUUGCAGUCACAUACAAACUUGUAGCGGAGUCUGGCGCAGAGGCGGUUUUCAUUAUCUCGAACCCAAAACUCACCCGAAAGGUUGUCUACGGAAUGGAGAGUCGAGGUAUCCCUGCCUACGGUGCUAUCUUUGAUUCUUGAAUGAACCGAAAUAAUAAAGUUUUCUGGACGGGAGACAUGAGAAAAUUGUGCCAACAAGUUAUUUCGCUAUCAAAUAAUAUUUUGUAUCGUUGUUUUAUAUGUAUGUACGUUCUAGAGGCUCGAUAUACACAGUUUUAACUAUGUUUGUAAUGAAAAUAAUGGAGGCUGCAUAAAUUCUUUAGUUAAUCAGUUUUCUUUACA